AUGUCCACCACUCAGGCCGUCGCGUCGCUCCAGGCAGAGGUCACCCGCCUCCGACAUGAGCUGCAGACGCUUAAGGUCGAGGACCAGGUCCCCGCCAUCGGCGACCAGAUUUACAUCGGCCAGUAUCUCGUCGAGCGGCUUGUCCAACUCGGUGUAACCCAAAUGUUUGGUGUGCCCGGAGACUUCAAUCUUGGCUUCCUUGAUUUCGUCGAAGAUCACCCAAAAAUGCAGUGGGUUGGAAACUGUAACGAAUUGAACGCAGCAUACGCUGCCGACGGUUACGCCCGCGUUAAGGAGGGCAGCCUCGGCGUAGUCACUACAACUUUUGGAGUCGGCGAGCUCAGCGCGACCAACGGUAUCGCUGGCGCGUUCUCCGAGCACGUUCCCGUUCUUCACCUUGUCGGCUCACCCAGCACCGUGCAGCAGAAGGAGAAGCCCAUGCUCCACCACACCCUGGGCGAUGGCCGCUACGACGCGUAUUUCCAGGCGUCCAAGCAGUUCACAUGGACCCAGGCCUCGCUCACGUCAAAAGAUACUGCUGCGGCGGAGAUCGACCGUGUCCUCACGGAAUGUGUAGUCAUGGCCCGCCCCGUAUAUCUGAUGCUCCCCACUGACCUCGCAUACGAGAAGAUUUCUUCGAAGCGAUUGCAGACACCAAUCAACUCGGAGCCCCCUGCGAACGAUCCGGAUGUUGAGAAUUUCGUACUCGACGAGAUUGUGAAGCUCGCCAACCACGCACAGCAUGAAACUAUCAUCCUCGUGGACGCUUGCGCUAUCCGACAUACCGUCAAGAAGGAAGUCGAGGAGCUCUACCGCCGCACCGGAUUCCCCGUGUACGCUGCCCCUAUGGGCAAGACUGCUGUGAAUGAGCAGUACGAGCGCUAUGGUGGGAUUUACGUCGGUUCGCUCUCCUCUCCGGAAAUCAAGGAGAAAGUGGAGUCCGCAAAGCUGAUUCUAUCCAUCGGCGGGCUCAAGAGCGACUUCAACACCGGUAACUUCACGUACAGUAUUCCCACUGGACGUACUGUCGAGUUUCACUCGGAUCAUAUAAAGGUGCAAUUCGCCGGCUUCCCAGGCAUCGGCAUGAAGCGCCUACUGCCGAAGCUCACGGCGCGCCUGCAGCCGUUCGCAGACGAGGCGAAGCUGUUGUCCGUGCCGAAGUACACUCUGCCGAUCCCGCAGGAGGACGGCGACGUGAUCACGCAGUCCUACCUCUGGCCGCGCGUCGGCAAGUUCUUCAAGAACCACGACAUCAUCGUCGCGGAGACGGGCACGUCCAGCUUCGGUGUACUCGACAUCCCCAUGCCCACCGGCGCGAUGUUCCUUAGCCAGAUUUUGUGGGGAUCGAUCGGCUGGACGGUCGGCAGCACACUUGGCGCUGCGCUCGCGGGCCGCGAUAUUGGGAUGGGCCGCACGAUCUUGUUCGUCGGAGACGGUAGCUUGCAAUUGACUGUCCAGGAGCUGUCCACGAUGGUGCGCUCGGGCGUGACACCGAUUAUCUUCGUACUGAACAACGAGGGCUAUACGAUCGAGCGGUACCUGCACGGCAUGAACCGCAAGUACAAUGACAUCGUGAACUGGAAGUGGACUUCGCUGCUGACGGUGCUCGGCGGCACGGAGGGCAAGACGUGUCAGUCGUACACGGUGCGCACCAAAAAGGAGAUCUCGGCGCUGCUCGACGACCCCAAGUUUGCCGCUGCGGACAAGAUCCAGCUCGUCGAGAUCAUCAUGCAGCGCCUCGACGCGCCGCGCGCGCUGAAACACCAGGCGGAGCUCAGCGGGCUUACGAACCGUUAUGUCGCGUAG